UACGCCUUAUCCACGUCCGGUUACCGGACGCGUAUCCUCUACGUAACCUAAAACAUAACCAUAACCUAAGUAGUUAGGAUUUUUUGAAGCAAUACAUUUGAGCAGCUUGAAAACAGGUUCAAAGAUGGCUCGAGGAGGUAGAGGCAGGGGUGGUUUUAUGAUGGGUCGUGGAGGAAUGAGAGUACCAUUCUUUGCAAAGAAAAAUUUCCCUCCAGCGUUUGUCCCCAGACAUCCAUUUGAUAUGGCCCUUUGUGAGCAAGCCUUCCCCCGAGUGAAACCUCUGUCUCCAGGAUCUGAAGAAGCAUUUACACAGGCUCUUCUAAAACGUAACACAGAUUUGACUCCAACUCCUCAAGAACAAGCAGCAGUGCUGAACCUUGUUAAUAUGGUUCAAGCUGCUUUUGACAAUCUUGUUGUUGCUCCUGGAAAUUUUGAUGCCUGUCAAGUAGAAGAAGCAAGGCAAGUUGGUUCUUUCAAGAAAGGGACAAUGUUGACAGGACACAAUGUAGCCGAUAUAGUUGUGGUUUUAAAAACUUUGCCCACUAAGAUGUGUGUAGGAGCUCUUGGCAACCGGAUCUUGGAGGAUCUCAAGAAAACUAAUGCAAAUGAAGUUUUGGCACUGUGCACAAAUGACAAGGGAUUCUUUGAAAUUAGCAACUCGGAGGCGGCAGUCCGUGUGUUGGUUGGCACCGUGCAGUACAACCUGCGUAAGCUGGACCCUGAGAUACACAUGGACUACAAGACCUUACAGAACCACUUAUCUGCUAUCCGCCACAGUCGCUGGUUUGAGGAGAACGCUCAUCAUUCCUCUGUAAAGGUACUCAUUCGGCUUCUGCGUGACUUGAAGAACAGGUUUGAUGGAUUUGAACCUCUAACACCUUGGAUGCUUGACUUGCUGGCUCAUAGUGCUAUCAUGAACAACCCCAGCAGACAGGCUCUUCCCAUCAAUGUUGCCUACAGGAGAGUACUGCAGCUGUUGGCUUCAGGCCUCUUCUUGCCGGGAUCUGCCAGCAUCACAGAUCGUGUUGACAACGGUGUUACUUACAGGGUGCAUCAGUCUAUGAAUCUGGAACAGCAGGACCAAGUGUGUCUGACAGCUCAGACUCUGAUCCGCAUCACGGCUCACGGGGGCUACAAGACUGUGUUGGACGGCAAUAACAAUCUUAUAACUCAAACUACAGUGUGGGACGGUGUGGAAGUUUCACCUCUAGACAAAGCAUUUGAAAAACCUGCUGAAAAAGAGGGAGAAAAUGAAGACAUGGAUGCGGCUGCUAACGCAGGAGAAGAGGCUAUGGAAACUACAGAUAAUUAGGUUGUAAUUGUGUAUUUUUUACUUCCUCACAUGACUAAGAGGUUUUAUAAUUAUUACUUUUAAAAACCAGUAUUUUGAUGUUCCAUUGUAAUUGUACAAGUUCUUGUCAACAAAUAAAAAUUAUCAAAACCAA